UGAACAAGUGGAGGGGGUGAAAAACAAGCGAGGAGGACUGGAGGUGGAGUCGUGUUCACAGGGAGGAAAACCCAGCAGAAGAGCAGGGGGGAAAAAAGAGAAACACCACCAGACACAACAACAUCGGGGGGAGGACGGUGGAUUAACUGUGCCAACUGAGGCAAUUCAAAUUAAGAGAAGCACCGCUUUGAAGAAGGGAGAACAAGAUGAUAACGCCCUAUUUCCUGGAAAAUUUCUGGGGCGAUAAAAACAAUGGAUUUGAUGUACUCUACCACAACAUGAAACAUGGCCAGAUCUCCAGCAAGGAGCUUUCAGACUUCAUCAGAGAAAGAGCCACCAUAGAAGAGGCGUAUUCAAGAUCAAUGACCAAACUGGCCAAGACUGCCAGCAACUGCUCUCAGCUAGGGACGUUUGCGCCGGUGUGGGAUGUGUUUAAACAGUCCACCGAAAAACUGGCAGCGUGUCACAUGGAGCUGGUCCGCAAACUUCAAGAGCUCAUCAAGGAAGUCCAGAAAUAUGUGGAGGAACAAGCCAAAAAUCAUAAGAAGACAAAGGAGGAGGUGGCAUCCACGCUGGAGGCUGUGCAGAAUAUUCAGAGUGUGUCGCAGGCCUUACAGAAGAGCAAAGAGAACUACGUCAACAAGACACUAGAGCAAGAACGCAUGCGCAAAGAGGGGGCCACACAGAGAGACCUGGACAAGGCUGGACUGAAGGUCAAGAAAGCCACAGAGACCUACAAGUCGUAUGUGGAGAAAUAUGCCAAUGCAAAGACAGAAUUCGAGCAGAGAAUGACAGAAACCGCACAGAAGUUCCAGGGCAUUGAAGAGGAACAUGUUCUGCGCAUGCAGGAGAUUAUCCAUUCAUACUGUCAGUCUGUGGAAGAGACACACAUACAGAUAGGAGAGGUCCAAGAAGAGUUUGUGAAAAACAUGGAGAACACUUCCGUUGAGAGCCUCAUACAGAAACUGGCAGAAAGCAAAGGAACAGGCAAAGAGAGACCAGGGCCCAUUGAAUUUGAGGAAUGUAAUGUUUCAAUCGCCACAGAAGGUGCAAACCCAGAAAAAGGAAAACCUUUGCCAUACCAGGCCGACGGAGAGAUAAAGACACAGAUUCCAC